AUGGUGGAAUUCCCAUCUCUCAUUCCUUAUUGGCCUCUCAUCCGCUUUCUGGUGCCUUUGGCUAUUACCAAUGUAGCCAUCGACCUCGGCGAACAGGUAGGUUUGCGGCAUCAAAUUGAAAUGAUACAGCGUAAUUUGCGUAGGAUAUGUGUCUGUAGCCAGCAUUGUGGUUGAGGCAAGGGGAUGAACGUCAAGCAGCUAACUAGCUAUCUGGCACUGUCAAAACACUGUCGUGCUAACUAACGCUUGCUUGAUUUGACUGCUAUGUUGACUUGAGCUAAGCUUUCAACAUGGUACAGAAUGUUUUUAUCUUUCCACCAGAGCACCACUAGUACUAGUAGUAGUGGCCCACAAUUACAGAAUUUGAUCGUUCUUAAGCCUAGAGAUUCCAAAACAGACGCGUGCAUAGAUGUAUGUGUAUACAAAUGAGUGCGACUAGUUAUUGUCAUGUUAGUAAACAGUAAACCCAUUCUGCAGAGGGUGCUACAGACAAAUUAGCUAGCUAGCAGCUGAUGUAACCCAUAUUUAGACGAUGGCUGCUCUUCUGUGUUUAUUCCAGUGGAGGCUCCUCGGAGGAAGGGGAGGACCAUCUUCCUCAGUGAAUUUCAUAAAAAUAAAAACCUUUUUAGAUAAAACUAUACUAAAUAUGUCACCAAAUAAUGCAUUAAAACACACUGUUUUGCAAUGAAGGUCUACAGUAGCCUCAGCAGCAUUCUGUAGGGUAGCACCAUUGUGUAGCCAAAGGACAGCUAGCUUCUGUCCUCUGGGUACAUUGACUUCAAUACAAAACCUUAGAGGCUCAUGGUUCUCACCCCUUUCCAUAGACUUACACAGUAAUUAUGACAACUUCCGUAGGAUGUCCUCCAACCUAUCAGAGCUCUUGCAGAAUUAACUAACAUGUUGUCCACCCAAUCAAAGGAUCAGAGAAUGAAUCUAGUACUGAAAGCAUAAGCUACAGCUAGCUAGCACUGCAGUGCAUAAAAUGUGGUGAGUAGUUGACUCAGAGAGAGAAAGACAAUAGUUGAACAGUUUUGAACAAAUUAAUUUAUUCCAAAAUUAAGGAGAAGAGCGAGAGAGAGAGUUAGCUAUAUUUUGUAGUAUAUAUUUUUUCACUUUUACUUUCUUAGCUAGCGUCAAAUGCAGCUAGCUAGUUUAGUCUACUCAAACAGAGAGGGAUACUAUGUCAGCUAGCUGGCUAUGACUAUCCAACACUGGAACUCUUCCAAGUCAAGGUAAGCUUUUGGUUUAUUAAUUUAUUGCUGCUGGUGUAUCUGCUAAACUGCUUGCUGCAGACUACACUGUACUGCAUGAUUGUAGUAGGUUUACUAGCAUUGUAGUUCUAGUAGCUAUGGUGAUUGACUAUGAUGUGACAACGAUGUAGGCUGUGUGUAGCAGUUAGCAGUCAUGAUAUGAAGGUUUGGCUUGGAAAGGUUUUUUCGCCUGGUCACAGACAGCUGAUGUGUUGUGCACUGAAGUCCACAAGCUAAGGGAAAAGGUGACAGGAGGAGAGCUCGUACAUAGUUGCGAGAAGGAAUUACAGUGUAUAUAUAUAUAUAUAUAUAUAUAUAUAUAUAUAUAAAUAAAUAAAUAAAACAAGCUGUUUGUAUGUGGCUGCUAUGAAAGUGAACUGUGGUUGAGUGUGAUCAGGGGUGUAUUCAUUCCGCCGAUUCUGUUGAAAAACUUUUCUUAAAACGGAAACAAACGGAACGAAACGGGGAUAAACAUACCUGAAUCUGUCCAAUAGAAACUCGUUUGUAACUGUUGGACUAAUGAUUACACCCUAGAUCAGCUAGAUGCAUGCAAGUGUGUUCAAGGUGGUAUUGAAUGUGUCACUGUCUGUCACCUUUGGUGUGUUCGUAAAUUCAAUCUGGACUGCCAGAGUGCGCUCAUAGUGAGCUCUGGGCGUUCGUAAUUUCAUAGCGUUGUCAGAUGGUCCGUUUCUAAAUUCAGAGUGUGUCCCUUUCGGAGCAUUCAGUAGGGUUGAUCCGAGCGUUCUGACAUCACAACGGCAGUCAAGCACCCAAGCUAACUGGCUAAAGUUGCCUAGCUACUUCCAGACACAAAUGAGAGAACACCUCACUCUGACCAUUUUACUCGCCCUAGCAGAGCUGGUUAGGCUGUUGUCAUGUUAUCUAGAGCAUUAGUGACCGUAACUGUGUUGCUGGCAAUAAUUUAAUUAUGUUAUUUUGUCAACAUUUACUGACACUGGCCAUAUUCAACAGGUCUUGCGCGUUCAUAAAUUCAUCAGUUAUUUUGCUCUCUGGCACACAGACGAGUGCUCUGAAAUCGGAGGAAGAUAGCCAGAGUAAAUUUACGAACGCACCUCUUGAUUACUCACAUUUUUCUCUCAAACUGUGCACCUACAUUGUAAACUUUCUUUAAUAGGCUAGGUUGUAGCAACCUCUUGAUGGGUAUAGGGAACAUUCUAGUAUCAUGUAGUAGCCUAAACCUAUCAAUGUUACAUUGAGCUGGGUGAAUGAAAUAUGAAUGACAGUCAUCCAAUAUGCUGUAAUAGAAAUAAGGCCAUGCUGAUAAAAAACAUCCUCCCUCAUCUUAAAUGUCACCGACCGCCACUGGUUUAUAGGAUGUAGGCUAGCCUUCAAUGGUGGUUAGGAGGGAUUGGGCUAUAUAUGCAUCAGUGAUCUCUAGAGCAGUGAAUGUAAACUAAAAGCCCUUGAAUUGUAAUAGGGAUCUAGGGCAGUGAUCAAAGCGAGGUCCACUAGCUAUAACUGGGAAAUAAGAGUAGAUUUUGGUUUAAUAAAUGGUGUCACUGAUUGUGGUCCUCUGUAGCUCAGCUGGUAGAGCACGGCACUUGUAACGCCAAGGUAGUGGGUUCGAUCCCCGGGACCACCCAUACACAAAAAUGUAUGCACGCAUGACUGUAAGUCGCUUUGGAUAAAAGCGUCUGCUAAAUGGCAUAUUAUAUUAUAUUAUUAUAUUAUAUAUUAUUAUAUAUUAUUUAUAUUAUAUUUAAUCAUUAGUAGAUGUACUGAUACUUUGUGGCUUGUGAAAAUGCCAUAAUGCAUGCAGAACUAAAGCACAGUUCAGUGGAGAUGUUAUGAAUGUCAUUCCCCUGCCAUAGCCCCAUACCAGUGACCCACAGCUCCCAUUCAGGCCCAGUCAUAUGACAGCUGACAGGCCUAGCAUCCUAGCUGGUAUUCUUGCCUUGUGGACAGUGGGAGUCCAAGCGGCACAGUGUGUCUCGGAAGAGGUUAGGAUUAUGCUUAUGUAAUGGCCACGUGAGAAGAUAUAAAUAGCACCCGGCUCCCUUCUAUGGAAAGAGGCAGCUGUGGAUGCUCUCUGGAGGCAAAGCUAAAUGGAAGUCUUAUUUAGCUGAAUGACUAGUUGUGGUUCAGGAUCACGACAGGGUGUAACGGAGAACAGUGUUUUUGCAUCCUGGCUGCCCUAGCCGAUCAUAUUUCCAAACAUCCAUUAUGUUAAAGGUCCAAUGCAGUAGUUUUAUCUCAAUAUCAAAUCAUUUCUGAGUAACAAUUAAGUACUUUACUGUGAUUGUUUUCAAUUAAAAUGUUCAACAACAAAAAAAACUUAGCAAAGAGCAAUUUCUCAAGCAAUAAUUUUGCUAGGACUGUCUGGGAGUGGUCUGAGUAGGAAGGGGAAAACUGAAAAUUAGCUGUUAUUGGCAGAGAAGUUUGGAACUGUCUUUCUUAUUUUCCUAUUAACUAAUUUACCGCAUGGUGAUGUCACCAUAGAAGGCCAAAACUCCAUCUCACCAAAACACGAUAAAAGUUCAGGCAGCCUUUUCAAACAGCUCUUAGACUAAAAGGGCAUUAUUAUCAUUUUCACAAUUUCACAGUAUUAUUCCAACCUCCUAUUGUGGAAAUAUUUAUAAAACUCAGGAAAAUCACAUUUUGGACUGCACUGGGCCUUUAAGGGCAAUUCCACGGCUGAGACUCAGAUUUUUCACUUUGUGGACAAACAAAAACCAUUGAUUUCAAACUUUAACAAAUCAUACAACUCUAUGCACAAGGACUACUUUGAACAAUUUACACAGAACAUUUCACAAAAACACAUUUACUGGAAGAACUGUGCAGAUGCAAAGUUUGAUAACAGAAUUACGGUAACAUAAUUACAUCAUGGGUCCCUGAUCUGUACUACACAGAAAUGCAUAAUUAUGGAUAUGAAAGUCAUUCUCUUCAUGGAGAUGUAUCCUGUUUAGGUACACUAAGGUAGAAAUAUGCAAUAUCCUCCUUUGCAUAUAUGAGUGUUAUUCUACAUACUGGCUAUUAUUCUAAUGAGCUCCGACCGCAAACAAGACCAAAUGUGGUUGGUCCAGACCAGACCAAAUCUGAACCAAUCAGGGACGUCUAUGUUUCACAAGUGUGCCAUAUGAUAUUUUGGCCAUAUCGCCCAGCCCUAGCUUAGACCCUUUUUUACAUAAUCUAAGGAGUUUGUGUUAUGCCCGCCAUCGGCUGAGACACAGCAUGCUCUUAAAUAUAGGGUGGGUGUCAUGUUUUAGCUGAUAAAUGUACAAAAAUGGGAAUAACAUUGACAUGUCAACUUUCAAAAUGGUACCACAAAGAGAUCCACGCAUCAGAGAAUGUUGACUUGAAUGGGAAUAUCAGUUGUUUUAAAUUACUGUCAAUCUUCCAUAGGAAACCUAUUGAAAUCAGAAGAAAUAUACAGAACAGAACAGACAUUCCCAUUUAAGUUGACAUUCGAUGGUGGGUGGACCGGUGGCCAUCUUUGUGGUAGUUAUUGGAAGUUAACAUUUCAAUUUCAAUGGUGUACAAGCUAAAUUGCAGUGGUCUGAAGGGAUAGGUCCAUUCUAUUUAUAUGAUUGAAAUUAUACCCACCCUGUAUUCAAGAGUAUGCUGUGUCUCAACCGAUGGCGGGCACAACACUUACACAUCAGAUGAUGUAAAUUAGGGAGUUUACGUGUUUUUAGAUAAUUGACGUUAAAGGUUAAAAAUGACUAUUUUUAUUUACAAAAAUGUUUACAAGAAAUUAUUAAAUAGUUUGACAACCUUGUUUGUAAGCGUUUAAAUUACAGUGGGGGAAAAAAAGUAUUUAGUCAGCCACCAAUUGUGCAAGUUCUCCCACUUAAAAAGAUGAGGCCUGUAAUUUUCAUCAUAGGUACACGUCAACUAUGACAGACAAAAUGAGAAAAAAAAAUCCAGAAUAUCACAUUGUAGGAUUUUUAAUGAAUUUAUUUGCAAAUUAUGGUGGAAAAUAAGUAUUUGGUCACCUACAAACAAGCAAGAUUUCUGGCUCUCACAGACCUGUAACUUCUUCUUUAAGAGGCUCCUCUGUCCUCCACUCGUUACCUGUAUUAAUGGCACCUGUUUUAACUUGUUAUCAGUAUAAAAGACACCUGUCCACAACCUCAAACAGUCACACUCCAAACUCCACUAUGGCCAAGACCAAAGAGCUGUCAAAGGACACCAGAAACAAAAUUGUAGACCUGCACCAGGCUGGGAAGACUGAAUCUGCAAUAUGUAAGCAGCUUGGUUUGAAGAAAUCAACUGUGGGAGCAAUUAUUAGGAAAUGGAAGACAUACAAGACCACUAAUAAUCUCCCUCGAUCUGGGGCUCCACGCAAGAUCUCACCCCGUGGGGUCAAAAUGAUCACAAGAACGGUGAGCAAAAAUCCCAGAACCACACGGGGGGACCUAGUGAAUGACCUGCAGGGAGCUGGGACCAAAGUAACAAAGCCUACCAUCAGUAACACACUACGCCGCCAGGGACUCAAAUCCUGCAGUGCCAGACGUGUCCCCCUGCUUAAGCCAGUACAUGUCCAGGCCCGUCUGAAGUUUGCUAGAGUGCAUUUGGAUGAUCCAGAAGAGGAUUGGGAGAAUGUCAUAUGGUCAGAUGAAACCAAAAUAUAACUUUUUGGUAAAAACUCAACUCGUCGUGUUUGGAGGACAAAGAAUGCUGAGUUGCAUCCAAAGAACACCAUACCUACUGUGAAGCAUGGGGGUGGAAACAUCAUGCUUUGGGGCUGUUUUUCUGCAAAGGGACCCAGGACGACUGAUCCGUGUAAAGGAAAGAAUGAAUGGGGCCAUGUAUCGUGAGAUUUUGAGUGAAAACCUCCUUCCAUCAGCAAGGGCAUUGAAGAUGAAAUGUGGCCGGGUCUUUCAGCAUGACAAUGAUCCAAAACACACUGCCCGGGCAACGAAGGAGUGGCUUCGUAAGAAGCAUUUCAAGGUCCUGGAGUGGCCUAGCCAGUCUCCAGAUCUCAACCCCAUAGAACAUCUUUGGAGGGAGUUGAAAGUCCGUGUUGCCCAGCGACAGCCCCAAAACAUCACUGCUCUAGAGGAGAUCUGCAUGGAGGAAUGGGCCAAAAUACCAGCAACAGUGUGUGAAAACCUUGUGAAGACUUACAGAAAACAUUUGACCUGUGUCAUUUUCAACAAAGGGUAUAUAACAAAGUAUUGAGAAACUUUUGUUAUUGACCAAAUACUUAUUUUCCACCAUAAUUUGCAAAUAAAUUCAUAAAAAAUCCUACAAUGUGAUUUUCUGGAUUUUAUUUUCUCAAUUUGUCUGUCAUAGUUGACGUGUACCUAUGAUGAAAAUUACAGGCCUCUCUCAUCUUUUUAAGUGGGAGAACUUGCACAAUUGGUGGCUGACUAAAUACUUUUUUCCCCCACUGUAUGUCAAAAUCAACCGUUCAUCUUUUCCAGUGAUUAAGACAUGGAUGUCUCAUGGUAUAGUGGGGUAUGCAAAAUGGGUGAACUUUGAGCACCCUGUCCAAAACGUCACUUUCUGACCACUUCUACCAGCAAGAAAAGUUUUGUUCAAAUCAAAGGGGUGCAGUCAAAAUAGUUAUUGAAAUCAAAUGGAAUAACACAAAACAGUUAUGAGCUUAACAUGACAGUAGUAGGUAACCCAACUGUGGUUUGUGACUACUAUGAUUUCCCAUUACAGUGAUCCCUCGCCACUUCGCGGUUCACUUAUCGCGGAUUCGCUAUUUCGCGGAUUUUCAUAAUGCAUUUUUUUUUUUUGGUGCAUUGUGCUCUGCAUUCUGAUUCGCUAAAAACUCACUCCCGCUUCUUGUAUCAAAACAUGCUACGAAUUGUGCUAUCAUUUUGUCGUCUCGUGCAGUUUAUGUGUACGUACAUAAACACAGCUUGGCAAAUUUACAUUAAGUUGGCCAAAUUAUCUUGUAAUUUCGAACAUCUCCUAAACCCAUAAUGUCGACGAACGGCCUGGACCGACAAAAGCACCUGCGGAUGGGCCCAAACGGCGGAGAUGCUACCUAUCUCAGAUAAAGUUAAACUUCUGGACAUGCUAAGGGAAGGUAAAAGCUAUGCAGCCGUUGCUCGCCAUUACGGAAUCAAUGAAUCUUCCGUUCGUUACAUAAAGAAGGAGGAAAAAAACAUAAGGACGACAGCAGCAGUCAAUUUUAAUACGAAUGCAAAAAGGGUUGUAACUGUCCGCAACAAGACCAUGGUACGGAUGGAGACGGCAUUAGCUCUGUGGACUAAUGACUGCAGGAAAAAAAACAUAACCCUGGAUACAAACGUUAUCUGCACAAAAGCGAGAAUGCUGUAUGAAAACUUUGCUGUCAGUGACGGGGAAGAGGGAGAGGAUGCCGGGCCCUCAGCAAGUGCUGCUGACACAGUGGGAGAGGAUGCCAGGCCCCCAGCAAGUGCUGCUGACAAAGUGCCAAGCGCAUUUAAUGCAAGCAAGGGCUGGUUUGAAAAGUUUAAGAAACGCUUUGGACUUAAAAAUGUUUGUCUGCACGGUGAGAUGGCGUCUGCGGAUACCGCUGAGGCAGAAGCCUUCGUGAACAAUAAAUUCAAGGCGAUCAUUGAGGAGGGGGGAUAUAAGCCCGAACAAGUUUUUAACAUGGAUGAGACUGCCUUAUUUUGGAAACGAAUGCCCUCCCGCACCUUCAUCAUGCAGGAAGAAGCCAAAGCCCCAGGAUUUAAAGUUCACAAAGACCGUUUGACCCUGGCUAUGUGCGGAAAUGCCGCAGGUUUCAUGAUUAAACCGGGGCUGAUUUACAGGUCUAAAAAUCCCAGGGCGCUGAAAAACAAAAAUAAGGAUGAUUUGCCUGUUUACUGGAUGUACAAUGCAAAGGCUUGGAUGACAAAAGCGCUCAAUCUGGAUUGGUUCAAAAACUGUUUCAUCCCGGAGGUCAAGUGUUAUUUGAGAGGAAAGGGACUGGACUUUAAAGUGCUUCUGCUCCUUGACAACGCCGGAGGUCACGGUAAUGAUUUGGCAUAUGAUGGUGUGCAAAUCGAAUUUCUGCCGCCAAACACUACAUCCCUGAUUCAGCCCAUGGACCAAGGAGUCAUCCGUGCUUUCAAGGCUCUCUAUACGCGCAACACCCUGCAACAUCUUGUUGACGCUAUGGACUCGGAUCAAGAUUUCUCACUGAAGGACUACUGGCGUGGAUACACCAUCGCAUCGUGUCUCCAAAACAUUCAGAGGGCCAUUCAGGAAAUGAAAACGGAAACUCUGAAGGCCUGCUGGAAAAAACUAUGGCCAGAGGCAGUGCAAAACGCAACCGGAGGCUCGCUUGACGAGGUCCACCACUCUGCCGUAGAAACAGCUGUGAAUCUGGCUAAACAGAUUGGAGGAGACGGCUUUAAUGACAUGAGUCCGGAUGACAUAAACGCCCUGAUUGAUGGAGACGCACAGCCGCUGACCGAUGCAGAGCUGGCAGAAAUGACAAAGCCACAAAGCGACGAUGAAAGAGAAGAGGGAGAAGAGGACACGAGAGAUGAGGAGGAAGGACUAACGCUUGGUCGCUUAGCAACCAUGGUGCGAAUGGCCACUGAACUUAAGCGAGUAGCGACAGGAAUGGGACCCUUUGAUGAGCCGUUCAUUACAGUCUCCCAACGUAAUCGAUGGUGGCAUGUCGGUGUACAAGGAUCUUUUUGCAAAGAAGAAAAAGAGCGACAACAGCUGCCUAUCACUAUGUUCUUCUCCCGAACAAACACACCUGCACCGCGGGCUUCAGAAGAAGAGAACACUGCAGAGCGCAGUCAGGAUGCAGCGGCCCAGUCUGAAGAGCAGUGAAAUGGCCUACACGUGAGUCACUGUAUUGUUAUACAUGUAAUAGUUUGCUAAUUGUAAAAAAAAAGUUUUAUAUUUCGCGGAUUUCACUUAUCGCGGGUCAUUUUCGGAACGUAACCCCCGCGAUAAACGAGGGAUUACUGUAUAGCCAAUUCAGUUGCAGUAAUUCCGUUAAAGAUUUUUCAGUAAUUCUGUUAACGAUUUGUUAGUUAGCAUUGGCUCGUGAAACUACCUCUAACUUUCUUCAUACUGAGCACAGAGACAUACAAAUGGUAUCCACAAGUUCAUCUGACCCUGGGGAAGUAGAUAAAGGGCCUAAUUGCCAAAAUCCUGAAUUAUCCCUUUAAAGAUAUGUCGGUUUUUGGUAACGGAAUUACAAGGCACAAGGCAAUGUUUCUUAAACUUACAGAAGGAAAAUCCUUUCUCUAAAACUAAAUAAGUAUUGAUAUUAGUUGGCAGGGAUCUUUACUUCAACAUUGUGUUUUGAUGUAUUUCUAAUACCUUCUGUUACAUUGUUUUCUAAGACUGCUUUUCCAUCAGUUUGACCAGAAAUCAAAGCCAUUACUUAUGCCUAAUUUUUAAGAUGGGGAAAUUACAAAAAAAUGUAUCUAAGCUUAGCUUUCAUUUGACACCCAAUUUGAUUUGUUCCUAUGAACUUCACGUUAGUGCUCAUGCACCCUUUUUACAUGGAAAUGACCUUUAAUGAAGUGUGUCACUGAAUUGCUUACACCAGUCGUAUGAGCUAUCUUUUCACUGUAUACAGUGUAAACCUGCCAUUUGUUUACUAGUAAAUCACAUUACUAGCCUUGUCCCAGAUUUCUUUAUGCUAUCAUGUCAGCUAACAUGUUUGGUAUGACAAUGAGUGAUAAGGAUUUGACAUGAUAUCACAAACAGAUUUGGGACCAGCCUAGCGCAGCACUAGUAUGAAUGAUGAUGGUAUGAUGAUGAGCCUAGUGGGGCGAAUAAGGUCUCACUCUUUCCAAUCCAUUCCCUUGCCCUUCUGGUCCUUGGCAGGCUCUUAACCGGGGUUUAGCAGGCUUUAAAGAGGAUGCAGUUGAGAUGCUAGCCAGCUACGGGCUGGCUUAUUCGCUAAUGAAGUUCUUCACUGGGCCCAUGAGUGACUUCAAGAACGUGGGCCUGGUGUUUGUCAACAGCAAGAGGGACCGGGGAAAGGCUGUGCUGUGUAUGGCGGUAGCAGGCACAAUAGCAUUCAUCCUUCAUGUUCUCAUAGGUGAGGCUUUAACUGUGGUUUUGUCCCAAAUGAUGACAUUUAAUAGUAACUAACUACCCAUAUUUCUUAUUAAUUCCAAGUUAUUAUUUAAAAUCCAAUGAUAUGUGUCGGUUGUAAACUGCUUUUAGGUGAGCUUUAACUUUUAAAUGUCUUAUGUCAUGUUAAACUUUUUAAAUCGUUUUAGCUGUGUCAUCUCCUCAGGUCUCAUAGUAUUGUGACUGUCUUCCCUGUCUCCAGCCCAUACAGACUUAGGCUACUACAUCAUCAAUAAGCUCCACCAUGUGGACGACUCCGUGGGCAACAAGACCAGGAGGGCUUUCCUCUACCUGGCAGCUUUCCCUCUGCUGGAUGCCAUGGUGAGCGCUGAGUAGAGUAUACGGCUUGAUUCAAGGCUGCGUCCCAAUUGGCACCCUAUUCCCUAUAGGGCUUUGGUCAAAAGUAGUGCACUAUGUAGGGAAUAGGGUGUCAUUUGGGACGCAAACCAGCUCUUCCAUGACCCAAUGUAUGGUCAGUCAGAGAGCCAUAAUCAUGGCAGAGGGAAGCUUAAAAACACCUGACCUAGAAAAAUGAUUUGUAAUCCUCUGCUCAUCAUGCUGGGUCUUAAAACGGACACGCCUGUCCCUGUAUUUCAACGACUGCAUAUCUUCUCUUUGCCUGGUCGAAAUCAGAUUUCAAUGUGGGCCUUUGGCUUGCUUUUUUAAACAAGCCAGACAAGAACAAUGGGUACUUGGUGUGCUGAAAUUCUUGGGUGGAGAAGCAUCAAUUGUCUCUUUGUUUAUUGUUUUGUAGGCUUGGAUCCAUGCUGGAAUCCUCCUUAAGCACAAAUACAGUGUCAUCGUAGGCUCUGCCUCCAUCUCUGAUGUCAUCGCACAGGUACUCAGCAGAUUGCUUCCUUGUUUUUCACUAAUCUACAGUGAAGAUUGGUCAUUGUUGCAAAGACUAAUUCAAUUGACCUCAAAAGUGGACUUGGCAGUAUACCCUGCUCUGAUAGUUUGUGACAGUGAUGUGGUUGUAAGGGAGUCUCUCUAAGUUUUAAUGUCACGUGCAGAAGUACAGUGAAAUGCCUUUCUUGCAAGCUCUAAACCCAACAAUGCUGUAAUCAAUAUCAAUGUAGUACUAAAAAUCACAUAAGGUAGAAUAAAAACACUUGAGAAAUACAAAUACAAAAUAAGAAGAACAUGAGAAGUAAGUAAACUAUAUACAGGGUCAGUUCCAGUACCAUAUUUACAAUGUGCAGCGAUACUGGAGUGAUAGAAGUAGAUAUGUAUAGGGGUAAGGUGACUAGGCAUCAGGAUAUAUGAUAAACAGAGUAGCAGCAGCGUAUAUGAUGACUGUAUGUACACUACCGUUCAAAAGUUUGGGGUCACUUAGAAAUGUCCUUGUUUUCGAAAGAAAUGCACUUUUUUUGUCCAUUAAAAUAACAUCAAAUUGAUCAGAAAUACAGUGUAGACAUUAUUAAGGUUGUAAAUGACUAUUGUAGCUGGAAACGGCUGAUUUUUUUAUGGAAUAUCUACAUAGGUGUACAGAGGCCCAUUAUCAGCAACCAUCAGUCCUGUGUUCCAAUGGCACGUUGUGUUUGCUAAUCCAAGUUAAUAAUUUUAAAAGGCCAAUUGAUCAUUAGAAAACCAUUUUGCAAUUAUGUUAGCACAGCUGAAAACUGUUGUGCUGAUUAAAGAAGCAAUUAAACUGGCCUUCUUGAGACUAGUUGAGUAUCUGGAGCAUCAGCAAUUGUGGGUUCGAUUACAGGCUCAAAAUGGCCAGAAACAAAUAACUUUCUUCUGAAACUUGUCAGUCUAUUCUUGUUCUGAGAAAUUAAGGCUAUUCCAUGUGAGAAAUUGCCAAGAAACUAAAGAUCUUGUACAACGCUGUGUACUACUCCCUUCACAGAACAGCACAAACUGGCUCUAACCAGAAUUGAAAGAGGAGUGGGAGACCCCGGUGCACAACUGAGCAAGAGGACAAAAACAUUAGUGUCUAGUUUGAGAAACAGACGCCUCACAGGUCCUCAACUGGCAGCUUCAUUAAAUAGUACCUGCAAAACACCAGUCUCAACGUCAAAAGUAAAGAGGCGACUCCAGGAUGCUGACCUAGGCAGAGUUGCAAAAAAAAGCCAUAUCUCAGACUGGCCAACAGAACACAGACACUGGACUUUUUCUUUGCAACUCUGCCUAGAAGGUCAGCAUCCCGGAGUCGCCUCUUCACUGUUGACGGUGUUUUGCGGGUACUAUUUAAUGAAGCUGCCAGUUGAGGACAUGUGAGGCGUCUGUUUCUCAAACUAGACACUCUAAUGUAUUUGUCCUCUUGCUCAGUUGUGCACCGGGGCCUCCCACACCUCUUUCUAUUCUGGUUAGAGCCAGUUUGCGCUGUUCUGUGAAGGGAGUAGUACACAGCGUUGUAGGAGAUCUUUAGUUUCUUGGCAAUUUCUCGCAUGGAAUAGCCUUCAUUUCUCAGAACAAGAAUAGACUGAAGAGUUUCAGAAGAAAGUUAUUUGUUUCUGGCCAUUUUGAGCCUGUAAUCGAACCCACAAUUGCUGAUGCUCCAGAUACUCAACUAGUCUCAAGAAGGCCAGUUUAAUUGCUUCUUUAAUCAGCACAACAGUUUUCAGCUGUGCUAAAAUAAUUGCAAAAGGGUUUUCUAAUGAUCAAUUGGCCUUUUAAAAUGAUAAACUUGGAUUAGCAAACACAACGUGCCAUUGGAACACAGGACUGAUGGUUGCUGAUAAUGGGCCUCUGUACGCCAAUGUAGAUAUUCCAUUAAAAAUCUGCCAUUUACAACAUUAAUAAUGUCUACACUGUAUUUCUGAUCAAUUUGAUGUUAUUUUAAUGGACAAAAAAAGUGCUUUUCUUUCGAAAACAAGGACAUUUCUAAGUGACCCCAAACUUUUGAACGGUAGUGUACGUGCGUGUGUGUAGAGUCAGUAACAAACGUGUGUGCAUGUUAUGUGUGUGAGCAAAUGAAGUGAGUGUGUGUGUUGGGAGUUUCAGUGAGUGUGUUGAGUUCUGACUGUGGUCUCCCUCCUCUCCGUGGCAGAUUGUGUUUGUGUCCAUCCUGCUGCACAGUAACCUGCCGUGUGUGGAGCCCCUGCUUAUCCCCAUCCUCUCCCUGUAUAUGGGAGCCCUGGUGCGCUUCACCAUCGUGGGCAUAGGCUACUACUACAACAUCCACGACAAGAUCCCCGACUCCAGUGGACUUGACGUGGGGGUACGCCGCUUCCUUAGUCGCCCUACUGGGACCUUUUAAAUGUAAUAGAUGGAGUUCAUCAUGUAGUGUAUCUUUACUGGCGCAUCAAUUAAUCUUGGUCUUCUAAAACUGUCUUUGUUGCAGUCUACCUGUGUGAUAGUAGCUUAUGUCCCAAAAGGAACCAGGACAAUUAGGUCUAGUAAUCAAUACUACUGCCCUCACAUGAGGACUUAGCGCUACAACUACAAAGCACCCAGAUUGAACAUACCCUUGUUUUCCCCUCUCAUUGCUUUUAACUUCACUUUGCAGGGAGAUGCCACCAUCAGGAAGAUGUUGAGUUUCUGGUGGCCUCUGGCCCUCAUCCUGGCUACCCAGCGGAUCAGCAGGCCCAUCGUCAACCUCUUUGUGUCCCGGGACCUCAAGGGGAGCAGCGCAGCUACUGAGGUGAGUUUGUAGCCUACUCAGUCCACUCCCCAAUAAUACCCCAUUUAGCUCAGUCCCACUCACUGUUAUUCGGCAGCUGCCAAACGCAAUGGCCUUUACCAGAAGUAGUCAAAAUUCUAAUCUAAUGUUUUGUUGUCUGAAGAGAGAGGCUGCUGGCUCAUGGGAGGAGGAAUUUCUCAUAAAAUCCUCUGUGGGGGGACCUUUUGACUGCCAGUGUUCAUUACCAUGCUUGUACUGUAACAAUAAAGUGACUUCAUACAGCCGAACUCUUAGCAUCAGUUCGGCCUGUAGUACAGGCUUUGCAGUUAUCCACUUGCUAGGUUGAUUCCCUUCAUGAUAUCACAGCUGGCAUUUGAACAAUCUCUGGAGCGUUCGUGCAUUGAGACCUAACCAGAGGCAAAACAAUAAGCUGUUUACCAGAAUGAACUGGAAAUAAUCAACAGCACAGUGGCUGCCAGUGGUGUUCGCGUGAUUCAACCUGAAACUCAGAGGAUGAGCUCACACUGACAGUGACUGAAAACAUUCCUAAACGUCUCUACUGUGUCUGUGCAAAGACUGUCACUGCCUGUUUUUGUCGGUUACACACAAUGCUGACAAGCCCAAGGCGCUUGUCCUGGUAUAAACAUGGGAAAAUCCACAUGCGAUUACAUAUUCAUAAUUGUCUUUGCUGACAGGUGUUGGCUAGUCAGUCAUGUUUUAACAUCUUGGCUACAUUACUGUAAGCUGUCCAAAAAGGAAAUUAAAUGGCAUGUGAAUCCUAAUGACUCUCUUUGCUUGGCCAGGCAGUGGCUGUGCUCACCGCCACCUACCCUGUGGGUCACAUGCCCUAUGGCUGGCUGACUGAACUGAGGGCCGUCUAUCCCGCUUUUGACAAGGUAAACCAAGGCCAGUGUAAGAAUAGCCUCUUGUUGCAGAUUAAACAUAUUAAAUAUCUUCGGGUACUGAGUACAGAUGGCUUGUAUUAAUGCAUUUUAUUUCGCACUAAUGAUAAUGUUCUCUUCUCCAACAGACCAAUCCCAGCAAUAAGCUCAUAUCCGGCACACCGGUCACAAAGACUCAUAUCAAAAAGUUUACAGCCUGUUGUUUGGUGCUAUCGCUCACGGUAAGAAGGAUGUAUGGCUCUUUUUUUUAUUCCAAUACUGUAUUUUGAUAAGUCACAGAAUCAAAUACUAUUGGGAUGUAUACUAACUCUAUAGAAAAAAUGAGAAUCCAGAGUGUAGAAUUCAGACCCAAAAUCCAGACGAUCUUAGCUCUUGUGUUCUGUUUGUCAGUUAUGGCACAAAGUGUGCCACAGAUGGGAGAAAAACUGGUUGAGACUCAUGCAAGCAGAGUAG